AUUAUGUUUUUGCAUACCCAUUUUCGUAAUUAAGAAAAAAAAUGGGGGUUGGUGGUAAUUUCUGGGACCUGCUUAAACCCUAUGCACGCAACGAGGGUUUUGAUUUCUUGAGGAACAAGCGAGUUGCUGUGGACCUGUCCUUCUGGAUUGUUCAGCACGAGAAUGCCAUCAAGAACCAUGCCAGGAAACCCCAUCUUAGGCUCAUGUUCUUCCGCACCAUCAAUCUCUUCUCCAAGUUUGGAGCAUUUCCAGUGUUCAUUGUUGAUGGUACUCCGUCCCCUUUGAAAUCACAUGCUAGGAUUUCAAGAUUUUUCCGGUCUUCUGGCAUUGAAUUGACUAGCUUGCCAGUUCCUGAAGAAGGUGUUUCAGCCGAAAGGAAUCGAUCAUUUUCAAGUUGUGUUCAAGAAUGUGUGGAACUUGUUGAGCUACUUGGAAUGCCUGUAUUAAAAUCUAAAGGAGAGGCCGAAGCACUCUGUGCUCAAUUGAAUAGCGAAGGUCAUGUAGAUGCCUGCAUCACAGCAGAUAGUGAUGCAUUCCUCUUUGGGGCCAAAUGCAUUAUAAAAUGUUUCCAUACCAAUUCCAAAGAACCAUUUGAAUGCUACGAUAUGUCUGAUAUUGAAGCUGGCCUUGAGUUGAAGAGGAAACACUUCAUAGCUAUCUCUCUUUUGGUCGGAAAUGAUCAUGAUAUGAAUGGUGUUCAAGGGAUUGGGCUUGAUACUGCUCUUAAGUUUGUUCAAGCUUUUAGUGAAGAUGAUAUAUUGAAUAGAUUACGUGAGAUAGGCAAAGGGAAUGUUUCACAAGUUCCCUUCAGCAUUAAAUCUGACGAUAAUAUGGAUACGGAUGGUAACUUUCCAAAUACAAAACAACCUCACUGCUCAUUCUGUGGGCAUCCUGGCAAAAAAAGAGAUCAUAUGAAGUUUUCAUGUGAAUAUUGCAUCACCAAUGACAAUGAAGGUUGCCUGAGAAAACCAGAGGGUUUUAAAUGUGAUUGCGUCCCCUGUGAUAUGAAUAGGAAACAUAAGAGACAACAACAGCUGGAAAAUCGGCACACAAAAAUUUGUCACAAGAUUGCUGACGAGCCAAAUUUUCCCAAGGAUGAAAUCAUUGACAUGUAUUUAUGCAAUGACAAUGGUUACUUUUCUGCAAAUGAUGGCCCUAGCAUCUUAUGGGAAAGACCCAAUAUUGAGAUGUUGGUUGAUUUUUUGAACUUCCAUCAGCGCUGGGAUCCGUCCUACGUUCGACGGAUGAUGUUUCCUAUGAUGUCCACAAUCUUUUUGAGGGAUAUGGCUACAACUAGAGUAAAAAGUUUGUUAUUUGGACAAUAUGAGUUUGAUUCUUUAGAACGUGUGAAGAUGAAAUAUGGACAUCAGUUUUAUGUGGUCAAGUGGAAGAAACAUGCAGGAGGAAACAUUGCCUCUAAAAUUCCAUCAAAUGAAUCUAGCACGCAACAAGAUGUUCCAGAGCUCGAUGAAUCGACGGAUCUACUGGAUGACUGUGAUAUUCCUGAGAUACAUGAAAAAAAUGGAUGUAGUUUUCUGUUGACAGAUGAAAAUAUGGACCUUGUAGGGGCUGCUUUUCCAGCACAAGUUGACAGGUUUUGGCAGGAACAGGAACUGAAGGAUUUGAAAAGAAGAAAGAAUUCUACUUCAAGAUCUCAAGAAAACGAAAAUCCAAAAACACCAAACUCUGUCCAGCUAAACAUUACAGAGUUCUACCAAUCAACAAAGCUUAAACAUCAACAAUCAAAACAAGGUGAAAAGUCAUCAAAGAAUAUUGAUAGCCAAGGCAGUGGAGCCUCAAAAAUGAAAAGGAAAAUUUCAAGUCCUAAUCUUCCAAAAUCUGUUAGGCGUCGCCUUUUAUUUGACUAGUAUAUGCCUGAGCUCUGGAGAGUGUGUCAGUUACAAUAGUCCUAUGAGUUUUUACCUUAGAUUUAGAUAAGGUCACUUCUUUUUAGGAAGUCUCUGUAAGGCUCUAGCGUAUAGAUAGCCUUUUUAUUUUUUUUUUGGAAUGCCUGAGUCCGAAUCUUUCAGGAGUCUGUGUAAGCUUAGCAGUUAAGAAAACUCCUAUUGUCAUAUAUAUAUUGUCAUAUUCUCUUAGGAUUUCCAGUGCAAGCCCAGGGAAAUCCCUUCCAAUUGAAGUUUCGUAACUGAAUCUUCUACUUUUUCAUUCCUGCUCGAAUUUAGCAAGUCCAUUCAGAAACAAGAAAAUGACAUUGCGAUUUGGGUUUGAUCUCGACGAAAACAAUACAUCAAUGAGAAGUUCGUUCAAUAAGAUAAUACGAUGAUUUUUCAUACAAUUACAUAAGUUGACAAAGC